CGUCUUUGCAGCUCAGCCGCCGCGAUGCAACAUGGACGGUAUGAUCCCAGACUCGCCUAGUUGCUCACUCACGUGACUGAUGGCAAGCUCUGCUUUGGAGGGCAACGACUGCUUUUGAGGAAGACGGCAAUCCAAGGCAUCAAGCGAUGGGGAGAAGGGGACUAGGAGGAGGAGGUGGAGGUGGUGGUGGGUUGUUGGAGCCAUGGCGCAGAGGUCGCCUGUUGUGGCAAUUUUCGUCCCGCAUUUCGAGUUACAGUACCGCGUCCCCUAUUCAAACUCCCUCUGAAUCUGGGGGUCGCAUUCUGCCGCCGAAGUCUCGGCUCACAUGGCGAAGAUUAUUGACAGGAAGUGUUCUCGGGUCUAUUAUUGGUGGUGGAGCUUAUGUAGGCACCUCUGAUGAGGCUACAAUCAGCAAUUGGGCAUUUCAAGGAGCCAGUUUAUUGAAUCCUUUGUUCAAAUUUUUCGAGCCAGAGGAUGCUCAUAGAUUAGCGAUUUGGGCCGCAGCUCAUGGAUUGGUUCCCAAGGAGAUGCGUCCUGAUCCGAGCAUCUUGGGAGUCACCUUGUGGGGUCGCACUUUUUCAAAUCCUGUAGGUCUCGCUGCUGGCUUUGAUAAGAAUGCUGAGGCAGUUGAGGGAUUAUUGGGAUUGGGCUUUGGAUUCGUUGAGGUGGGAUCAGUAACUCCAAUUCCGCAGGAGGGCAACCCAAGGCCUCGUGUAUUUCGAAUCCCAGAGCAGGGUGCAAUCAUCAAUCGAUAUGGAUUCAACAGUGAAGGGAUUGUUGCGGUUGCGAAGCGGCUUGGAGCCCAGCAUGGGAAGAGAAGACUUGCAGAGACCACCCGAGAACCAUUUGGUUCCGAUAAUCGACUUGCACCAGGGAAUACUGGGACUGGGAUAUUAGGUGUAAAUCUUGGAAAGAAUAAGACGAGUGAAGAUGCCGCAGCUGAUUAUGUACAAGGCGUGCAUACCUUGUCUCAAUAUGCUGAUUACCUGGUCAUAAAUAUAUCCUCUCCUAACACUCCAGGACUGCGCAAACUGCAAGGCCGUAAACAGCUUCAGGACCUCAUUAAAAAGGUUCUAGCUGCUCGAGAUGAAAUGCAGUGGGGAGAGGCUGGUCCGCCUCCGUUACUGGUGAAAAUUGCUCCUGAUUUGUCAAAGCAGGACUUGGCUGACAUUGCAGCGGUAGCGCUUGCUUUGAGACUGGAUGGCUUGGUAGUAACGAAUACAACAGUAUCAAGGCCAGACGCUGUUCUUGGCUUGGUGCAUUCAACAGAAACCGGAGGUCUCAGUGGGAAGCCUCUGUUUAGUAUGUCUACUGAGAUCCUUCACGACAUGUAUGUACUCACAAAGGGGAAAAUUCCUCUAGUGGGCUGUGGUGGCAUUAGCAGCGGUGAAGAUGCGUAUAAGAAGAUCCGAGCUGGUGCGAGUUUAGUGCAGCUUUAUACUGCCUUUGCCUACGAAGGGCCGUCAAUUUUGCCUCGGAUUAAGUCGGAGUUAGCUGCUUGCUUGGAGCGGGAUGGAUUUAAAUCGCUUCGUGAGGCAGUUGGUGCUGAUCAUCGCUCCUGCUGAUAGUGUCAUUAGAAGUAGUACCUAAUAACUACCCGAAUUUUGUCACCGGUUUGUGUGGGUUAGAACAACAGCAGAAUAUGUGAGGGUCCAUCAAUUUUUUGAAAAUGGGAAGAUUUGAAGGUGUAGUUAAAGAUUGAUUCUGAGUGAGUGCAUCAGUUAAGAACGUUCCGUUUGUUGUUUCUUCUUUUCUAGAGGACAGCCGGUCAUGACGUUUCUCAACGUUUCAAGUCGUGUUUGCUUAAGUGGAUGGUUUUCCUCCGAGUAGUACUACUGCUUCAGUCCUUGAGUUUGAAGGAAGCGAAGGUGUAUGGUGCAGACAGCUGGGCUUUACUCAGCUUAUUGAUUGUGACGCAGUGUGUGUUAGAUGCCCGUAGUCUGUGCUUCAUUGCGCAAUAUGGCACAUGCCACCACAGGGACUUGAAUGAAUUUUCAUGAGUAUUCAGGAAUAUCCAUGAAGGUGGGACUUCAGGUAUAUUCAAUACAGGAAUAUUGAAGACAGUAUAUAUAUAUACAUGUGUGUGAGACCAGCUUCUUUCUUGUCUCACCUGCUUCGCUGUGA